GGAACAGCAUAAGAAUCCACACAUCAUUCUUUCUCUUCUUCUCAAUUCUCAUCAUCCACUUUAAUCUCUCUCUUUGAAUCCUAUAAUAAAAAGCAAGUUUAUCUCUGCAAUUAAGUGUCUUUGCACAUUCACAAAUCCCCAAAACAUGGAACACAAAAGAAGAGGAACCACUUCAUCAAAUGAUGUUCUGUUCUCAACUCUUAUCCUCAUCAUCAUAGUACUUUGUUCUUCAGGAUCUUUUGUUGUUGUUGAUGCUUACAAGAAUUACACAGUGGGAGAUUCUUUAGGAUGGUUUGAUAGUACCAUGAAUUCUGAGAUCAAUUACCAGAAAUGGGCUUCCAAUAAAGUUUUCAGCUUGGGUGAUUUCUUAAUUUUCAACACAGACACCAAUCACUCAGUUGUCCAAACAUACAAUGCAACAACAUAUAAACAAUGUGACUAUGAUGAUGCACAAGACAAAGACACAAACCAAUGGCUUCAAUCAAAUCCAUCAAACACAGAAACACAUCCAAUCUCAGUUUCUGUUCCUUUGAAGAAAGAAGGUGUCACCUACUUCUUCUCAAGUGACUAUGAUGGUGACCAAUGUAGAAGUGGACAAAGGUUCCAAAUCAAUGUCACUCAUGGUCAAGGUUUACCUAAGAGCCUUAAGGAUCCUUCUGAGGAUUCUGCUCCUUCUCCUUCCGGCGCCGGUGGCGGUGUUUCCGGCGAUGAUGAUGCUGCACCGGAUACUAUUGUUCCGGCAAAUUUUAAUCACCCCAAGUAUGAAAACAGUGAUAGUAGUGGUGACGACGAUGACAAUGAUAACAAGGCAAAAGGAAAAGCUAGUUCUGAUUCUGUGUCGAUUUAUGAUCAAAUUCAUACCAAACUAUUUGCGUCUCUUGCUUUGUUAUUGGUCGUUUUCUUGUGGUGGUGAAAAUUUACGUGCAGUAGUUAAAUAAUUUAAUAUGUUUAACUAAAUUAUUAUCUAACAAUUUUUAACUAUCAGCGUAUACUCUUAUCAUCGGCUGAUAUGAUAAACCUCUCAUUUUCGAGUUUUAUUAUAGUUACACACCAUGGAUUUGUACCUAAUAUACCUUGCAGUUGAGUCCUAUAGAGAGAGUAAGAGAUUUAUAUAUAUUUGAUAGAUUUUACACUUUUACACCUAUUUUUAUGUAUUUAUAUUUUAAUUGAUUGUGAAAGAGGAUAUAUAUUAUUUGUAGACUAGAAAUAAUUUCAUUAUUGCAUCCUUUAUUGUUGUUUGU